AAAAGUCGCCGAUGGCAGAAGCUUGGGGCUCAGAUUGUUGUUUACGUGUCGCGAUCCGGUGUCGUCUUCUUUUCUCCUCCUCCGGCCAACUUGAACGCAGCGAUCCGCCACCGCCGCACAGAACGCUCCACCGACAACUGAACGAUCUUGGCCAGAAACGGAGGCCGUUUGUAUAGCAAACUCCCGGCAUUUGUUUGCCUUUGGUUUUGGUUUCGGUUUCGGUUUCUGUUUCUAUUGGUUUUGGAGUUUUUGGAGUUGAAGUUGCGCGACUAACAAAAGAGCAGCAUGAACAUACACAUGAACGCCAAUACGCUGAAGUACAUCAGCCUGCUGACGCUGACUUUGCAGAAUGCGAUCCUGGGUCUCAGCAUGCGCUAUGCCCGCACCCGGCCGGGCGACAUCUUCCUCAGUUCCACGGCCGUGCUAAUGGCCGAGUUCGCCAAACUCAUCACGUGCCUGUUCCUGGUCUUCAACGAGGAGGGCAAGGAUGCCCAGAAGUUCGUCCGUUCGCUGCACAAGACCAUCAUUGCCAAUCCCAUGGACACGCUGAAGGUGUGCGUGCCCUCGCUGGUGUACAUCGUCCAGAACAACCUGCUGUAUGUGUCCGCCUCGCACUUGGAUGCGGCCACCUACCAGGUGACGUACCAGCUAAAGAUCCUCACCACGGCCAUGUUUGCUGUGGUGAUACUGCGUCGCAAGCUGCUCAACACCCAGUGGGGUGCGCUGUUGCUCCUGGUGAUGGGCAUCGUUCUGGUGCAGUUGGCCCAAACUGUGGGCCCGUCGAGCGGUCCAGCCGAUGGAGCCGGAGCCGGAGCUGCGGCCACGGCCGCCGCCUCCUCCGCUGGCGGAGCACCCGAGCAGAACAGGAUGCUCGGACUGUGGGCAGCACUGGGCGCCUGCUUUCUGUCCGGAUUCGCUGGCAUCUACUUCGAGAAGAUCCUCAAGGGUGCCGAGAUUUCCGUGUGGAUGAGGAACGUCCAGCUGAGCCUGCUGAGCAUUCCCUUCGGCCUGCUCACCUGCCUCGUGAACGACGGCAGCCGGAUCUUCGAGCAGGGAUUUUUCCAUGGCUACGACGUAUUCGUCUGGUAUCUGGUCCUGCUGCAGGCCGGCGGCGGCCUGAUCGUGGCCGUGGUGGUCAAGUAUGCGGACAACAUACUCAAGGGCUUCGCCACCUCGCUGGCCAUCAUCAUCUCGUGCGUAGCCUCCAUCUACAUCUUCGACUUCAAUCUCACGCUUCAGUUCAGCUUCGGAGCUGGCCUGGUCAUCGCUUCGAUCUUUCUAUAUGGCUACGAUCCGGCCAGAUCGGCUCCAAAGUCGAGCAUGCAGGGUCCUGGCGGCGACGAGGAGAAGCUGCUGCCGCGCGUCUAACUCUGGAUGAAUCUGGAUCUGUCAUCAGUAUUUGUCGACAACCCGGAGACCGUUCGAUGAUUGUAUCUAGUGUUCUUGAUAUUCCCCACGUUGUGUGUAUAUAUGUUAGGGUGGAUAUUAAUGUCUGGACAAUUCGUAGCACUUUCCGCUGGGAAACGAUAGUUUUAAUGUAUAGGAAACGAAAAACGAUAACAAUACUUAAUUAUUUAAAUAAUAUAAAUAUAAUUAGGGCGUUCACCAGCUACUUUAAAGUAUAGAUAUUAAAAUGGUAAUACAUCGUUUUGAUAAAUCCUUUAUUAAAGCUAAGGAAUGCCAAACAAAUUUUGUAUUGUUUUGUAAAUAUCAACUUGAACCUGAGAUUAGGUUGAGAUAUACUAUUUUCAUACUAAAUUAGUUUCUUGGGCAAUUCUCAGCAGUAUUAUUCAAGUAUCAUGAAUUGUGUUUGAGUAUAUAAUGUUCAUUUGUUUCAAAGCCCUCUGAAUAACUUAUCAUCCAUCCUGAGCCUUAUGGAAAAUGGCUUCGAAUUGUCCACAGAAUCUUUUUUUUUCGCGUACAUAAAAUUAUAUUUUCGGACUCUUCCCUGAUAUUUGUACUGAAGUCGAAUUAGUCGCCAAGCGUUACAAGUGUGAUUCCAUAUCGAGUCAACGCAACUCUCAAUAUUCUGUCAUUUUGUUUAAAUAAAAAUAUGCAUUUAACUUUGCGAAGUUAUUUCAAAUGCGCAUUCAAA